UCCUCGUCGAAAUCGAAACCCUACUCUCUGGUCUGCUGCUUCUCUCUUCCAGCCCGCGUUUUUUCUCCGUCUCAGAGCUCAUUCCGAUCAUGGAGAAUUCUUCUCUCGAUCAAGAGACCGCCAAGAAAGUGCUUCGUCAGGUCGAGUUCUAUUUCAGCGACAGUAAUCUUCCUAGAGAUGGUUUUCUUAAGAAAACUAUUGGCGCAAGCCCCGAUGGAAUGGUGGAUUUGUCUUUAGUUUGUUCGUUUUCUCGGAUGAAAGGCCAUCUUCAUUUGGCUCAGGACGUGAAACCGGACGCGAUUCCAGAAGAUACUGUAAAAGCUGUUGCUGAAACUUUGAAAAGCUCUUCAACUAUCAAAGUUUCUGAAGAUGGGAAGAAGAUUGGUAGAAUUGCUGAACUCUCAAAGCCUGAGGAGAUGCUAGAGCAAUUGGAUGAUAGAACCAUUGCUGCAUCGCCGUUUCAAUAUGAUGUCAAGCUUGAAGAUGUAGAAGCUUUUUUUGGUCAAAUCGCGAAGGUCAACAGUGUGAGGUUGCCCCGCCAUGUUUCGGAUAAACGUGUAUUCUGUGGAACUGCCUUGGUAGAAUUUUCUGCUGAAGAAGAUGCAGAAAAAGUAUUGACGGAAAGCUUGCUUUAUGCUGGUGCCAAGUUAGAAUUAAAAUCAAAGAGGGAUUUUGAUGAGGAGAGAUCAAAAGAGACGGAGAAGUUUGAAAGUUCACGCUCGAACGCAAGUUCAAACUGGAAGAACAAUAAUUCCUCGGAAUCAAACUACCCGAAAGGCUUAAUUGUUGCCUUUGCACUGAAAAAGAUGACAGCCGGAAGUUCUGCUGAGGAAAAUGGAUCUCAUGAUGUAACCACUGAUAAGACUGAAUGCAAAACAGACGAAGGAUUAGAUUCUUCAAAGAAUGACUCUGAGAAAACUGAGCAAACAGGGGGAGAAAACGUGGGUAAAGAUGAAGAAAUCCAGAAGAGUUCUGAUGAUAAGAUCGAAGAAGCUGAUAAGAAAAAUGAUUCAGGCAAUGAAGAAAAACCUGAAGUGGAAGAUCAGUCUAUGGAUGAUCCCACCGACGAACGUGAAGAGGCUGAAGAAAAACCCACAUUUGCCUCAUCUAGAAACGACAAGAACGUUGUUUCACGCGAGGAUUUGAAGGCUAUUUUUCAGAAGUUCGGAAGUAUCAAGUACAUUGAUUUUAAGAUGGGGGAAGAGUCUGGUUAUAUCAGGUUUGAUGAGCCUGAAGCUGCCCAGAAGGCUCGUGCGGCUGCAGUCCUUGCUGAUCAAGGAGGAUUGGCUGUGAAGAAUUUUAUAGCCACUUUAGAACCAGUUUCAGGUGAGGCUGAGAAGGAGUAUUGGAGGGCGCUCCGCAGCAGCCAAGAAAAGCAUCAUCGUGACUUUAAGGGCAACCGUGGAAGGGGUGGUAAAUUCAACAGAGGUGGAAAGCAUGGUCGGUCGAGAGGAUACGACAACAACCGAGGUCGCCCGAACAAAGCUCAAAAAGUUUGAGCUGCUGCCUGCCUGGUGUGUCUUAUGGCCAGCUCUGCUACAAUUUUGGAGGAAAAGCUCUCUACCUCUACUGGUCUUUUUAUUUAUCAGCUUCGUGUUUAGUUUAGAGGUUGUCUUUGUGUUUUUUUUUUUUUUUGAAUUUUUAUUCGAUAAUAUUUGAAAAUUUGAACAUAUAAAGCUACUAACUCAAUUCAAAAGCCCUAUUUUGUUGUUCUUCCCCA